UACCAUUCUGCUGUCUGCUGCUCGACGCUGCAGCUGCUCUCUGUCGCACAGCCAUGGCCGACAGCGCAAGCGAGAGCGACACCGACGGAGCGGGGAGCAGCUCGGCCACCCCGAUGUCCUCCUCCGCCUCCAAUUCGGGGAAACCGAGCAUAGUCAUUUCACAGUUUCGUCUGGAGGAGCUAACGAACCGCCUGGCCUCCUUACAACAGGAGAAUAAAGUUCUUAAAAUUGAGCUGGAGACGUUCAAACUCAAGUGCAAAGCCCUGCAGGAGGAGAAUCGGGACCUCCGCAAAGCUAGCGUCACUAUUCAAGCAAGAGCAGAGCAGGAGGAAGAAUUUAUCAGCAACACCUUGUUCAAGAAGAUCCAGGCCCUCCAGAAGGAGAAGGAGACCUUGGCCGUCAACUAUGAAAAGGAGGAGGAAUUUCUUACCAACGAACUGUCAAGGAAACUCAUGAAUCUCCAGCAUGAGAAAGCAGAGUUGGAGCAGCACUUGGAGCAGGAGCAGGAGUUCCAGGUUAACAAGCUCAUGAAAAAGAUCAAAAAGAUGGAGAAUGAAACUAUCUCAAAGCAGCUAACCCUGGAACAGCUGAGGCGGGAGAAGAUCGACCUUGAGAACACAUUAGAGCAGGAACAAGAAGCCCUGGUAAACAGACUGUGGAAACGCAUGGACAAGCUGGAGGCUGAGAAAAGAAUCCUUCAGGAGAAGUUGGACCAGCCCGUCUCUGCUCCUCCCUCCCCAAGAGACGUUUCCAUGGAAAUAGACUCACCAGAGAACAUGAUGCGGCAUAUCCGUUUCCUGAAGAAUGAGGUGGAGAGGCUUAAGAAAAGCCUGCGCACCACCGAGCUGCAGCACACAGAGAAGCGUGCCCAGUACAUCGAGGAGGAGCGACACAUGAGGGAGGAGAACAUCCGGCUGCAGAGAAAGCUUCAGAGAGAAAUGGAGCGCCGGGAGGCUCUGUGCAGACAACUGUCGGAGAGCGAAUCCAGUCUGGAGAUGGACGAUGAGAGGUACUUCAAUGAGAUGUCUGCACAGGGCUUGCGAGCGAGGACCGUGUCCAGCCCCAUCCCCUACACUCCCUCCCCCAGCUCCAGCAGACCCAUAUCUCCUGGUCUGUCAUAUGGCAGCCACACAGUGGGCUUCACUCCUCCGGCCACACUGUCCCGAGCCGCCAUCUCCCACUACAACACCCCCGCCCUGCUCGUCCACGGGAGCUCCUCUCACGCCGUAGCGAGGCCCUCUCCAAGAAGAAGCAACAGCCCCGACAAAUUCAAACGUCCAACGCCCCCCCCCUCCCCCAACACGCACUCGGGGGCCCAGCAGGCUCAGCCCCAGCUCCCCCCCCCGGCUCAGCCCAUGGUCCAGUCCAUGUCCUCCCCGGCAGCUAUGUCGCAGCACGCAGCACAGCAGCCUCCCUCCCAGCCUUAAUGCAACACACGGUUUCUUUCCACUGAAUGCCACGACGCUACCGCAAAAGCAGCUUCCAUCAUUACCAGCUCUGGAAGUCAAGUUUCUUACUCUCUACCAACUCCAUAAAAGAAGCCGCUUCAAAAGUUUUAGAGGGGAAACAAGAUGGCGGCUCACGCUCGGUGAAGCUAGCCACCUGCCAAAUCCACACGUGGCGUCACUUAACUACUCUUAAAAAGGAAUGGAUGGACUGAAAAAUAAUCGCUUCUGGGAUUUGUAGGCCAAUUAUUUGUUCCACCUUAUGUCUUGUACAUGUUUUCUUUUUUUCAUUUGCUUGGGACUUUAGCUGGUUGGAAUUGAUGUUGUGGCGCUUCUAAGAUAGCACAAACAGCACAUAAAGUACGUUUCAUGGUUGUGUUUACCGAUAGGUUGGAUGUAUGGAAAGAGAAAUGGACGAACUGAUAGAUGGAUGUGGUCGAUUCUUUUCAUGCCUAUAAUAUGACACUUGAUUGCAGUUAUGUACUCCACUCCAGCUCACCCCCUCUGUCUCUGCAGCAGUGUCCUCACCCCGGCCCUGAGCUGAAUGGCUUUAAUUAGGUUUAAAGGUGACAUAGAGGAAUGCUUGGAGUUUCUCCGUUAUUGGGCAUUGAUCAAACCAAUGUUGUUUUAGUUUCUGAAAGCAUUCAAGACUCUGCUGCUCUUCAGUUAAAAAAAGAAAAGAAAAACAGUAAAAUGGACACUGGUACAUCAACCACAGAUAAAUGUCUCCUUCAAAGGUGUUUAAAAAUGUAGUCUGAGGUGUUACAACAUAGUCAUGUACUCAGUCUCUCUCUCUCUUUCUCUCUCUCUGGUGUAUUUCUGAAAGCUUCUAUCAUCCUUGUGGAUAUUCCUCAUCAGAAAAAGGAAAAAAACAUAAUGCUCUUUACACUAAAUAUACAUACUGCUACGACAUUCUAAAUGAAUGGUACUGUUGAACUAAAUUUCUAUGUAUGAUUAAAGCUCUUGAGAUGAUGACCUCUGUCUUGUUGUCAGUUGUUUUAAUAGCAUUGUGUGGGUUAAGAUCCACAUUUUUAGUCUCUUUAUCCUGCCAAACCCCAACAGUAAUUCAAAGGGAAAAUGUUUGUGCCUUUUUAAAUAAAUCUGCACCAUCAAAGCUCACCCAGGCAUAAUGGCAGAACUAUGCGUUUCUCAUAUUACACAGACGCCUCCGGCUUCUCUACACUUCACCACUAAGAUUGAAUGUUUUAUUAUUAUCAUGACUCAGUUUACUGCUGGGGUUUUUGACAAUGUACUGUCUGAAUGAUUUAUACAGUUGUUGGUGUUUUGAAUGUUCAGAAACCUGUUGUGCAAGAGUGCGGCCUCAGUAAAGCCACCAUUGUUUUGUAAAUGUCCUAUCAUUAUGUAUCAGUGACACAAACGAGCCAAAUAAAAUGUAAAAGUAGUCGUUACCUGAAGGCAAUUCUCAAUUCUCUUGCCCCACUCCCCCUUCAAUGCUUUGGCCAUAUGAAUUGCUACAAUGUGUACGCACACAUUUUCGCAUAUCAUUAAGUUGUUUCUGCAAAUGUUUUGAUGAGCCACAAAUUUCAUAUAGGACUUUAUUUCUAAAUGUUAAAUGUGAUAUUUGGCUUUUUUCCUUUCUUUAAGCCAGGAUCCCAAGAAGUUGCCUACUCUCUAUUGUCAGUAUGUGGAGAACGUGUUGCACCGCAUACCCUUUUUUGUGACAUGUUGUUGUGCCAAUCAUAAAAACAAUACAUUGGA